AUGAUAAAGUAUAAGAAAGGUGAUGACAUAACAUGUGAAAAUUGCAAGACAAACAUAACUCCACUGUGGAGAAGGAGCGAGACGGGUAACUACCUGUGCAAUGCAUGCGGGCUGUACUUGAAGAUACACAAGAAGCACAGACCAGUUAAGUUCAUGAGCAAAGAAAUAAAGCACCGGCAGAGGCAAGCUGUCCCAAGAAUGCUACUGGAUGGUGCUGGGGAAGGUUAUGAUGUAGCAUACAAUGAGAUUAAUACGAAUGGGGGCGAAAGAAAAGAAGCAAUGUUUGAGGACUGCCUUGUAAUAAAUUAUUCAGAAGAAGAAAUCGAAGCACUCUCCGGGCUGGUCAUGCUAAUUGACACGGACGAGUCAAAGUGA